AUGAUCGUCCUUGUAGUCACCUGGAUCAAGACGUACAAAUUCGCGAGAGAAGCUCGUUCGACAACAUUAGCCUUCUUUCUGCUACGAGAUGGCACGCUAUACUUUUCCUCACUUCUCGCUUUGAAUAUUUUCGAGAUAGUCCUUGCCUUGACAAUGCAGUUCGAACAGCAACCUGCGUAUAGCUAUGUUUCGACAUUCUUGGGCCCGAUAUCAUCUAUCCUACUGACACGCUUUGUGUUGAACUUACGCCGAGCCCAUACUACCAUUGUCGACUCACAGGAACUCACGCACUCCACCGCCUCCGAGGUGCAGAGCACGGUGUUCACGUCCAUAAUUGUCGGCAACAUGGAUGCCGAUCUGGAUUUCAAUCAAGACGCUGACACAGAUGUUGUGGACAAUGUGGAAGAGGGUUGGGACUGGGAAGCUGUCGAGGAUGGCACCCGCGCAGAGGUCCAAUAG